AUGGAGGAGGGGAGGGGGGGGAGUCUCGAGGCCGGAAGUGAAGGCCGAAGGCAAUGGAGUACGAGCAAAUUCAAAAGGGGCCGCUGAAACUGAAGGGGGUCUCCGAGCUCGGUGUGAAGAAGCGGAAGAAGAAAAAGGACAAGGAUAAGAGCCAGAUCCUGGAGCAGAUGGUGUUGAGUAAGAAGAACGAAGAGGAGAAGAAAAGGGGACUGGAUAAACGCACGCAGGCUCAGAUUGCAUAUGAAAAAAUGCAAGAGAAGAGGCAAAUGGAAAGAAUAUUAAAGAAAGCUUCCAAGACCCACAAACAGAGAGUGGAGGACUUCAACAGACAUUUAGAUACACUCACUGAACAUUAUGACAUUCCUAAAGUCAGCUGGACAAAAUAAACUUUUUCAUUAUCUUGAA